UCGCGAGAAGUAGCGGAACCGCGGUAACCGUGGUAGGGAUACAGUAUCUGACAUGGCCGACGUCCGCUGGGAGCGUAGUUUUGGUCGGGCCGUAACGGCGAGUAGUACGCGGUGUAUGCAGCAGUGAAAAAAAAACAUGGGGUACGAUAAUGGGCAGACGGUCAAACGAAGAAGGCGUUAGCGAACUCUCGGUCCUUGUACAGGACGAUUUAUGCGAGAGGACCGCGACGAUGGAGUCACGAGCACGGAGGACUCGGUUACGUAGCGUUGUAGGGAUAUGUUUGUUUCUCGCGCUCACGAGUAUCAUCUAUCUCGGCUACUUUUGUCCGGAUCAUGUAUGCGCUCUAACGAGCCGCGAGAUCAAGGAAUCCGUAAGAUUAUCCGAGGGUCUGUCCGCGGGUCCCGGCUCUGGUUUGUCUUCCGUCUCCGUUGAAUUCGACAAAAAUGGCCUGCUCUCCGUACAUCCUGCUUUUAGAUUGCAGAGUAUUCAAGGGAGCCUCGGUUACGACGAUGUCUUUACCAAUGAUACCUUCCAGUUUGACAUUAAUGGUCAUGAUGUAAUUGUUUUCUUACAUAUCCAGAAAACUGGAGGAACAUUAUUUGGAAAACACUUAGUUAGAGAUCUGGAUUUGCAAAGACCUUGUUCUUGUCAGAGAAGGCGUAAGCGUUGUUUUUGUUUCCGUCCAAAUCGCAAUGAAAAUUGGCUUUUCUCAAGAUAUUCUACUGGUUGGAAAUGUGGUUUACAUGCUGACUGGACAGAAUUGACCGGUUGUGUUGAUACAGAGUUAAAUAAGAUCGAAGGGGAUGGGAUAAAACGUAGAUACUUUUAUAUAACUAUCAUAAGGGAUCCUGUUGCACGAUACUUGUCUGAAUUUAGGCAUGUACAAAGAGGUGCAACUUGGAGAGGUGCUAGACAUUGGUGCGGAGGAACACAAGCCAAUAUACCACAAUGUUAUCCUGGAUCUAGUUGGCAAGGUGUUUCUUUAGAACAAUUUAUGGCAUGUCCAUAUAAUUUGGCAAGCAAUCGCCAAACCAGAAUGUUGGCUGACUUAUCAAUUGUUGGUUGUUACAACUCUACACUCAGCAGCUUGGAGAGAGAUCGUCUCAUGUUGGCUAGUGCUAAACACAAUUUACAAUUCAUGCCUUUCUUCAUGUUGACUGAGUACCAGAAAGUGGGACAGUAUUCUUUUGAGGAAACAUUUGGAAUGAGAUUUGCUGUUGCAUUUGAGCAACAUAAUGCAACAUUGAGUGCCGCUACAAUGGCAACUCUUACCGCAGAACAAUUAGAUGCGGUGCGUAGAUUAAAUAGAUUGGAUUUGGAACUUUAUGAGUUUGCAAAAAAUCUUGCAUUUCAAAGAUUUAAACGGCUCAGAGAUCGUGAUCCAUAUUUCGUACAACGAUUUCAACAUCUUGGAGAAUUACCUUCGAGGCAGAGCGUAACAGAAUUCAAUUGGGAUUCUGUUAUUGAAGAUACAACGGAUGUUGAAUGAUUUGUAAGUAUCUUACUGCUAAAUACUACUACCGAUGCUUUACAUUCACAAGCAAAGAAAUUCGCUCUGAAUCUGAGCAUCUCAGGGAUUCAUCCUUGAAAGAAAAUGUUUUACAUAGAAUUAUUGUGUGCAGUUGUCUGCAUGAUGUUUACCAAAAGCGUUUAUAGGAAUUAAUUUGGAUAAAAACCAAAGAGAGCUCAGAGGAUCUUAGUAAAAUCCGUGGUAUCCUCUUUUAGUAGUUAUAUGUAAAAGUGUAUAUUAAAUAAUGCCACAAAUAUUUUAUGAUUUUUACAAUGUUCAUAAAUUCUCUUUAAAAGUUCUUCCAUUUCAUAUAACUUUGCUUAUGAUACUUGUUUAAAAGUCAGUUCGAAAAGAUAUUACUAUUAUAAAUUGGAUAUUUAUUUUCUGAAUACGUAUUUAAAUUGGGAAAUUUAAUACACUCAGAAAGUAUUAACAUGGAUGUGUUCUAAAACAUGUGUUUGCCAUGUAACAUGAUACUCAUUAUUUUAAAUAUGUUUUCAUAUUUUUUUAAACGUGGUACAAAUUAAGUUUAUGAUCUUAUAAUUAAAAAUACUAAGUGCAUUCAAUAUUACGAAACAUAUUCGUAUUAUUUUCUUUUCGUCUUUCUAUGAAUAUAUUUUUCAAAGAUAAGAUAUUUUCUCAUAUAUAAAGAAAAGAUAUACUUUUGGUAUACUACUAUACUAUAAAUUUGUCAAUAAUACUUUAAUCAUUUUAUUAUAAAUUAAAGGUAAUACUUCGAUUUUCAAGUAAUUAAGUAAAUUUAAUAUUAGAAAGUUUUCUCCUAAAUAAAAAUAUUUACGUUUGAAAAUGAUUAAUAAAAAAAAAUUUCUUGCUUCAAAAAUGUAUUAAAAAUGACAAAUUAGGUCAUUAUGUACAUUCCUAACUAUACAUCAAGGAGAUAAUAAAAGCGACAUUCAGCAUAUAUAAAAAUUUCUAUUUAUAGCAGUUUUCAAUGGAAGAAUAAAUAUUAAAAAUUAAUUUUGUAAAUAUAUCUAAAAGUCUAUAUUUUUUAACAGAAUUAUUUGCAAUGUUAUUUGAAUGAAGUGGUAUUAGAUUUAAUAAAAGAGAUCAGCAUAGUAUAGGUGGUAAAAUGUUCAUGUGAAUGUUGGAAUGAAUGAUCAUACAUUGGAUAAACGUGAUUAAUAAUAGGUACUAAAUCGUGGGUAUCUAUUUGAUAAUAUAACAACUCACAACGGUCUUUUUUAUUUAGUACCGGUCUAUGUUUUUCUAAAAUAUCCGAUUCCCAUAGUUUGUCACACUAAAUUAGCAAGUCAAAAAUUAUAAAUUUCAUUAAGUUAGAAAGAAUUAUGCAGCUGUAUAAUCUAUUAGAAUUGUAUGUGCAAUACAAUGGGUUACCAUUAUAAAUAUUUCAUAUCAUUCAGUCAUGAAAUAAGUGUAAUAUAUCCUAUAUAUACAUUAGAUAUGUUUAGGUAGUUUGCAUUAAAUCAUUAUGAAGCAAAAUGCAAAUGCUCUCUUUAAUGUGCUAUUCAUCUUCUGUAUGAUUACCAUGUUUAUAUUGUAAGUUAGAUUGUAAAAUGAGUGCCAUGAAUUGUAUAGGACAAAUUAAUCUGGUUUUAUCCUAACUUUUAAGUUUCGUAUUAAACUCAAUUAUAUUGAUAAUAAAAUUGACAAAUUUCUUUCUAAAAAUUGUUCGUAAAUUUAAGGCAUUCAUUGCCUAUGUUAAAUAUUUUGUUGUUGAUUUAUAAAUGAUAAUUGCAGUUAUUAUUUGUCAACUUUUCAUGUAUUUAUAAUAUUAUAAUUAGUGCCAAUUUAAUUUUGAUAAAAUUAAAAUACUUUUUUUUUAAUGCAACUUGGUGAUUUAGACAGGAAAAAACAUGAAACUACUACCUUCUUAUAAAUCAACAACUUGUAUCUAUUCAUAAACAUAUAUAUUAAACUGUAAUAUGAUUAAUGACAAUGAUCAUUUAAAAGUAACAUUAAGGACCAAAGAUUUAAUAAGUUUUUACAAAACUGCAGAGAGCUUGUUACAAGCAAUUGUAAAAAGUUUUUAUAUGUUCUUAAAAGAAGCAAUUAUGAUAAUUGCUGUAUAUGAAAAGAUAUAUUGUGCAACAUCUUUUCAUCUAUAUAUAUGUACAAUAAUUAGAGGUAUUAACUUGGAUGAAAACACAAAUGAUCUUUUAAGCAAUCAAUGCACAGAAACAGGUUUUUAGCAAUAUACUUCUAUUUUUUCAUAUUUAUCUUAACUAUGUGUUAGCAUGUUCUAAAUAAAUGAAAGAUAAUCCAAUUUAAAUCACACAGGGUAGGUGAGGUAUUUUAAAAUUGUUAAGUGUAAUACUAUUGCAAACAUUGUCUGCUAUUUUAACAACUUCAUUUUUUUUGUCAAGUUUCAUCACUCAUAUUAUCAUACAUAUAGGAAGUGUUUAUCUCAUUG